CCAGCCGCGAGGGAUUCCAACUGUAAAGGAAAGCAAGCAGAGCGGGCAUCAUGUCGACUCCAAAAACGCUUAUCAAGAAGCUACAAGAGGCAGGUCUGCACAAACGGAUCCUUCCACCAAAGGACUUGACGUCACGAACGCACAAUGGUGCAGGUGGUGCAUUCGUACCUCAAAUAACUAAACUCACAAUUCAUUACGACCACCCUCGUAUCGACGCUGGUGGAAACUCUCGAGGAAUGGUCAAAUUUCUCUUGGAUCGACUUCCAACAUUAGCAGCCGAAAGACCAUACGUUGAGAUUUGCGUUCAACCCCGCCGAGCGUCGCCCCCAAAGCUCGUUGCCACGUACGCCAACGGAAAGGUGAAGGCAAUUUCGUGCUCAAAGUUCACUCCGGAGCAGAUUGAGAAACAGGUGGCCUUUUUAUGCGAUUCGAUGGACGGCGAGGAGAAGAGAGUAAAACGGGGUCAACCAGUGAUAAAGGGCGGGAAUAAAAUGGCUGGUCGGGUGGAGGGUGUGUGGGAUCCAUUCACGGCGCGGCAGACUUUCCGACCGUAAAAUGGUGCUUUGGUGAUGGGCUCGGCCGUUUAUAUUUAUAUACAUUGAAAUUAGAACUUGAACCUUCUGGAUCAUCGCAGCCACAGUUUACAUAUCAUGAGCACUUUCGCCGCCAAAUGAUUACCAU